AUGAACGGGCAACCAUCACCUGUCUUUGAGAAGAAACCUUCGCUCCCCGGUCCUGGGAACUCCACCUCGGCCAUCAAGAAUUCCUCGACCCUGCCGGAGUCCUCAUCCACAGACAUGGGCUUCUACAGCAGCCAGGGUGCGCUCCACGGCUCACAGGAUCCCUACUCGCCGCAGCAGGCGUACUCAGCUCAACACAUGAACCCUUACGCGUACCACCACUAUAACUUGAACGGGAUGGGUCCUGGCGGUGCCUACCCUGUUGCGCUGCAAGACGGUGUGAAGGAAGAACCAGACGUGGAGGUUCGGAUGGUCAACGGGAAGCCCAAGAAGGUUCGCAAGCCCCGGACCAUCUACUCCAGCUACCAGCUGGCAGUCCUGCAGAGAAGAUUCCAGUCGGCCCAGUACCUGGCCCUGCCAGAGCGAGCUGAACUGGCUGCGCAGCUGGGCCUCACACAGACACAGGUCAAAAUUUGGUUCCAGAACCGUCGCUCCAAGUUUAAGAAGCUCUACAAGAAUGGAGAGUUUCCACUUGGGGAAAUUCAUCUUGAACAAAGCCCAGAUGCCAGCGAUUCCAUGGCCUGCAACUCUCCCCCUUCCCCAGCUGUGUGGGAAAACAACAACAACAACAACAACAGCAGUAACAACAGCAGCAGCAGCAACGCAGAUGGCAGUAACAUCAAGAAUAAUGCAAUGCUGCAUCCUAGCAGCAGGGGGCAGGGCCCCUUUCAGCCUCCAGUUGAUUCUUCACCCGCCUAUAUGGGGGAGUAUACACACCAAAACUGGUACCAACAGCAGGAUGGACAUUUAGGUCUGCCAGCAUCCGGCAUGAUGCACCACCACACACCAUCAGCAGCACCGUCAGCCACACAGAGUAUGGGAGCCGUUUACUGAAACAUGGUCCCCGCUGAACACUUUGACUGGAGUCCUGCGUCUAGACAACAGAAGGAGUUUUUUGGAUAAUUUAGAGCGCUGUUGUUACCAGAAACAACUGACAGAGAUCAUUAAGCAUGAGUGUGAAAUCUGACACAUAUACUGUAUUGUAAAAUAGGCUUUUCUGCACUAAAUGUGGAUUCAAAACAAAGUGCUGGACUCAGCUACCCUAUUGUCUUCAGCUCCAGAAUUAAGAGCUCAUACUGCUGAAGUUUUCAGAAGUUAGGGUGAUUGAUGUGGGUUUGUUGGUGCUAA